AAAGCGGGAUAGAAAGAAAAAAACUAAACUUGCGACUCCAGCGAGCAGACCCCGUAUCAUUUACCCCUCCGACAGGUGAUCGGUGCCCACGGAUUGGUUUCGCCUUGUCGGUGUGUUCCGCACACUUGAUUACCGUCUGUUCGACUCGAGCAAGUCAUGGCACCACAGCCCUCGAUGCUCGGUUCGGAGCGAAGCUUCACGGAUCUUUCCAAGGUGACGGAUCGCACCAGCUACUCCAUUCCCGAUGACGGGCGCGAGGUCACCAUACACACCGAACGCAGGAGGAAGAAGAGGGAGUCGCAGGAUGCCAACAGUGUGCUCAGCCAUGGAACCAACGCUUCGCUUCUGAUCGAGUACUUCGAGAGCGGCAAAGCUGCGUCCAGCUCCGGCUCCGCGCGCCAACCGAGUGUUAGGGUUAAGGUCACUCCUUCGGCUGCGCGGCGCCAUCGCGUCAAUCAAUCGGCGGACGGUGGCUCGGUCGAAAUAUCCGAGAUCGGUAGUGACAAGAACGGACGACGACCUACUCACGUCCACAGGAUACAGCUCUCGUCGCCGCACUCGGGACAGGACAGACUGACCCUAGGACAGACCGGCCGUUCGCGCUCCUACUCCGGCGACCACUCGACCCUGUCGUCCAUCACUUCCGGCGGAGACGAAUCUAAUGGCGGUCAAGCUCCGGUAAAUGUGACGUUCAUCCGCGAGCGCGGUGGCGAAGGCAGUCCGGGCUCUUUCAUGGACGCCGACUACAACGAGCGUCGACGGCGACGUCGAUCGCAAGCACGGAACAAUGGCGGCGAUUCAUACUUUGAGGAAAACCUGAAGGGCAGUACGAAGCAACGGAGUCGGAGUGUCAGUCGGGAGAGCAACAUCCUUCAGGAGCCUGGUUUGAGGGGUGGAACGCUCGGACGGAGGAGGAGUAGGAGUUUGAGCAAGGAACGUAUCGGAGUGUCACAGAGUCAGAGGGAGAGGAUAGAACAGGCGGUUAGGGAUGAGCUCAGUAAGGUGAAUGACCCCAAGUCGUCACGGAAAAACAGGAGCCAGAGCCGCACGAAAGGCUACGAUAACGACGGCCUCAAGCCUCCUCGCAACCGAAGCCGGAGCCGAAGCCCUAACAGGACCCCGGAAGAGAUUGCUGCUAGGGCCCGCCGCAAGACCGCUCAGAUAGAAGGCGACGAUCUCUCUACACUUUCCAGCAUUAGGUCCAGCGAUCCGGCAAUCAGGGGACUGAUUCGAGACACCAUCAAGGAAUUACUCUUGCCCGAAAUCGAGAAAGCCAAACAGCAGAAGGUGAUCGAGUUGCAACAUGCCGAAAGUGUAACACGCAGUCUCUCCAUCAAGGGUCCUGGAAGAGCCUCGAGCAUGCCUGAUGUGGCAGGGAAGCCGGUGGUUGUGCUGUCGCCAGUCGAGAGCAACGGAAUGGGAAUGGUGAUCGGUGGCGACAGGAAGGGGUCCACGGCCACAGAGGAUACUUUGAACCACCGAGCGCCCGGCUUCGGCCUGCCGCACUCGCCCCUUCAUUCCGAAUCUGGAGAGGGCGUGUCUUUGUUGGGUGCGAUGCCGCUCGGCGAUAACCAUGUCCAGAUGCCCGAUAUUCCAUUCCGGUCAGACACUCCUGGGACUUACGCCGAAACUCGGGCUUCGAUCCUCACCGCGAACACGGGGCUGCCUUACCCUGCCUACCCAGGCGGGAUGCCAAGCAGUGGAAUGACCCCACCCCCUGGUGCACCAAAAUCAGAGCUAUUUCCUGAGCUGAGCGAGCUGAACUUGGGCGGCUCAGAAAUUGGUGGCGCUUCGUCGCUCCUUUCGGAUCGCUCGGCUGCUGGGCAGACCUAUCUCACUACAGGAACCGGUAUCGGAGCCGCCCCUAGCAUCGCAAGCUUGAACCUCGAGACCGAAGUCGAUCACCACGAUGAUGACGUGAGUGUAAUUUCCUCGAGAGAUGGCGCGCAUACGACCGGUGGUCCCUCAGAGGUUUCACUGCAAGAUAUGAGCGUGGCGGCUACCUCAAUACUCGCAAAAGAGAGGAAAGAAAAAGGCCGACGAAGACGCAGCAGACGGGACAUUGACGAGUUGUCGGAAAUUCGUGAGGGCGACGAUGUCUCCCAAUCAUCGCAAGUCAAGGCGGUGAAUCUAUUUUUUGCCGAGCAACGCGAACGCCAACAGGAACAAGCGCUAUUAAACCCCGGCAGCUUCCAGGAUAUGAGUCUGGCUGUGCACCACGUUUCUACGGCAACGGGCAACAACUUUGAGGACAGGCGCCUUGAAAAAGAGGUGGACACCGGCCACCAGGUAUUUGAUCUCGGCGCCAACCCAUCCAUGCGCUCCACCCCAAACCUUGCACGUUCAGCUGUUGCUUCCGUACUUGAUCCUUCCAACGUCGGCUCAGCCCUUUCUUUCAACCGACCCAGCAGUCGACCACAAUUUGGGGCGAACGCAAUGCCCUCACCCGACGACCCGAUGCCGGAACUCGGUCAGCAUUUACUCGAUGACGACAACGACGAAAUCAGCACAAAUCCUUCAAUAAUUCAGGGGCCGAUCGGACACCACACUACAAGCUGGGAGAUGGCUGCCAACGAUUUCGGCGUCGGCGCCGACCGGGGCUUGAACGUCAAUAUGGAUGGCCACAGCCCCGUGUCGAACUCGCGUUUCGCCAGCCCUCAUAUGGGUAAAGACGAAGGGUAUAUCUCGGCAGCGAAUCCAAUUGGCUCGCCCGGAACUGCGACGCCUAUCCAUGGCAUGCGUGGCGAUACCGGUAUGGGGGUCAUCGACGAUAUGCUUGAGUCAGAGUUCUAUCACAGCCACCCUCGCAACAGAAUCGGGAGUGGAAAUUCUCACGGCAUGCCGUCACCGCUUUACGAUAGCUCGACAGGACGAGGUCUCGACAGAAUCGAGUCGAAGGAUAUUGUCGCUUUGAUGGAACACCUCACCGUCCGCGACGCCCAACGAAAUGCCCGCGACACGGAGAUCUUGGUUACAUUGGUACGGAGCGCGGCGGAGAUGCGUAACUCCUUCGAGGACAUGAAGAAAGCCCUAGCGGAUCAACGACAAGGCAUCGUCAGUGACGUCGACCACAACACCGAGCGCAGCGUGCAGAAGCUUCUCCAGGGUCCCCGACCGCUGCCUCCGGCUACUCCUCGUCGACCGCGCUACUCCAAGUCCGAUGAAGAUGUAGAGGACGAAGGUCGCAAGAGGGCCAGUGUGUUUAAGAGAGCUCUGAAGGGGCUAAGCAUGGGAAGCUCGAAGGAUUUGGAGAGGAUCGAGGAAAUGCUUUGCAAACUUCUCGGAGAAGUUGAGGGCCUUAAGGACGGGCAGCAGUUUUACCAGCAGAGCCAAGUGCAGAGCCAGAGCAUGGGCACCAUCGAUCAAAUGCGCAUGGUCCACGACACGAACGAGGUGGCCGCUCAAGCAGCCGUUAACUCGGUCGGAAAUUCUGGCUACCAUAGCGCGGGUCCAUCUCGGCAGCCUAGUGGAAAACUCCUAGACCAGCAUCAAGGUGCCCGCAUCUCGCCAAUUCAAGAAGACGCUAUUAUUCUGCCAAGAGAGAACCGAGCCGACUCUCUGCCUCUGGAUAGCCCCACGCAUCCCAAGAUGCCGGCUGCCAGUGCUAGUCUUGGAAACACCCCUCCAAAGUCAUCCGAGAAGCCUAAGCGGGAGUCGGGAUCUUCUUCGCUCUUCCCGAGACUGUCUCGUUGGUCAGAGACCACGACGUCCACGGGCUUGGCCAAGAUGUUUAAGGGCAAGAACAACCAAGAUGGCUCGGAUGCAUCGCGGUCACAGCCAGACUUCAACUUUUGGGAGACGGAUGCGGCAAAGGGUCAGGGAGUUCAGAACCAUCAGUCGCCUUUUGACUCUGAUGGUCAACGGACGGAGAGGGAGAUUGGGUCACCGUUGGUGCCCCCUUCAUCACGCGGUACCGAUGCUCCGAUUAAUCAGUCGAACAGAAUCUCGCUCGACAUCCAGCACCCCCGGCCUCGUGUGACUUACAACCAUCAGUUGGAGCAGCAGGCACAGCAGCUUACUGCUGAGGGUGGCGGGUACCUCCCGGGCACCCCCCAGAAUGCAUCCGUGUCGAGCCUCGGCACCUUCCCGCCGCUUGGCCCAGGUGGUUUCCAGAACGGCAAGUUGCUCUCGCCCCUGGCCCAGGAUGCGUACGCCCAGCACCAGGCCCAGAUGAACGCAAGCAAUGCUCCUCCCCGGCCACUCAAGGUCACUGAGGAUGAGAGCCAUGAUGGUGACAGCAGCACAACUCGGAGACGCAAGAAGCACAGGGAGUUGGAUGAGAACGGCAACAAGAUCAGGAAGCCGAAGAAGGAGAGGUCCGAGGAAGAACAGAAGAGACGUAAGGAGAGAAAGGAGCAAAAGAAGAAGUCAAGAGAGUUCCUCGACGGAACCGACGGACCCUCCAUCUCAGGACGAACCCCCUCGACGGCCUCCAGAUUGACGGGGCCUCGACCUCUCUCCAGUGCUAGCAACAAGGAGAACUCGAAACGUCGUGGAAAUCACAUUUCGCAGACGUCGAAUGGUGCGUACACACCUCCUACGCCCGGAACUUGGUUCGGUAGCAACGAACGACGCUGA